AUGGUGUUCAACCUAUUCGGUGCCCCACAAAUAUGUAUUUCGGAUAACGCACAAGUGUUCAAAUCCGAUUUAUUUGGGAAUUUGUUAAAGCGAUACGAUGUUACGCAUUGGAACCUCGCGGUAUAUCAUCCUAGUCCAAAUCUAACGGAAAGGGUAAACCGUGUUAUCGUCACCGCGAUCAGGUGCUCCUUGCGUCAUCAUAAGGACCAUCGUGAUUGGGACGACUCAGUACACCUUAUUGCAAAAGCUUUCCGCACUACGGUUCACGACAGUACAGGAUUCACUCCGUUCUUUGUGAAUUUCGGUCGCAAUAUGGUCAGUUCAGAAGACGAAUACGAACAUCUUCGAGUCACCGACUCGGUAACUGGCUGCUUGACUGUAAAACGGAGUGAAGAAAUGCAAAAACUGUUCGAAAUGGUUAGACAAAACCUUAGUAAGGCCUACCAGAGAUACUCUCAAUCGUAUAACUUACGGGCGAACGUAAAACACCGAUUCGAGAAAGGUCAGAUGGCAUAUAAAAAAACGGUUAAUCUAUCCGACAAAGGGCGAAACUUCGAGGGAAAAUUUGCAAAUAAAUACCAGAAGGUUCGGAUUCGAGAGGUACUGGGAACGAACUGCUAUAUUCUGGAAGACAUCGACGGAAACCGUAUUCCCGGUUUCAUUUCUGAAACGAGCUUAGACACUAAGUAA